CGUUAAACCCAAAACCCCGCAAGCCAAAAGCUGACGGAAAAGAAAUGCACUGCUUCCAGCUCCACCACCGCAGCCACCACGUCCUCCCUUCCCUCCGCCCUUUUCCUCCUCCUGCCCCGCUCCGCCGCCCCAAGACCCUAAUUCCUCCCUCUCCCCGGAACCAAAUAAUCCCCCUUCUCCUCCCUUCAUGGCGCCGCUCCCCUCUUCCCUUUCUCGCCCGCUCCUCCUCCCCCUACGCCCCCGACGAGCUCCCCAUCGGCGACGACGACGAUGACGCCGCGUACCUCGAGAGAUUCCGUCCCCGGGAGAAGGAAUCCGAGGACGAGGCCCGCCGCCGCAACUGGAUCGAACGCGGCUGGGCCCCCUGGGAGGAGAUCCUCACCCCCGAGGCCGACUUCGCCCGCAAGAGCCUCAACGAGGGCGUCGAGGUCCCCCUCCAGUCCCCGGAGGCCGUCGAGGCAUUCAAGAUGCUCCGCCCCUCUUACCUCCGCAAGAAGAUGGAAGAGAGCGGCCUCUCCGAGGAAGAGUACCUCGCCAAACAAUUCGCCAUCAAGGGCGAGAUCCCCGACCCGCUUGAGACCUCCUGGGCCGGCCCCGUCGCCGUCAGGAUGGUCCCUCCGAGGGACUGGCCGCCGCGCGACUGGCAAGUUGACGCCGCCGAGCUGGAGUUCAUGCGGGAGGCCCAUAAGCUACAGGCGGAGCGGGUGGAUCUCGAUGAGGAGGUGAGCACCGAUGUGGAUAAUAUGUGCUUGGAGAGGUACCAGGUGUUCUUGAAGCAGUACAGGGAGUGGGUCGCCGCGAACCGAGAGAAGUUGGAGGAGGAGUCUUACAAGUUUGACCAAGAUUACUAUCCUGGUAGGAGAAAACGAGGCAGGGACUACAAAGAUGACAUGCUCGAGCUUCCAUUUAUAUAUCCUGGACAGAUAUGUCGAGGGAAAGUGCUGACUCUACAUCUUCACCAAGGAGCCUUUGUUGAUAUUGGAUGCGUCUAUGAUGGUUGGGUCCCCAUUAAAGGAAAUGACUGGUAUUGGAUCCGUCAUCACAUAAAAGUUGGCAUGCAUGUAUUUGUUGAGAUUCUGGCAAAACGAGAUCCAUAUCGUUUUCGUUUUCCUAUCGAAAUGCGCUUCUUAUAUCCUAACAUAGAUCACCUUAUAUUCAAUAGAUUUGACUUUCCACCAAUAUUUCAUCGUGAGGAGGAUACAAAUCCAGAACAAUUGUGGCAGGAAAGUGGAAGACCACCCAUUCCUAGAAAGAGGCCUGCAGUCAAAAUGGAAGAGCAAUCACUGUUAUCUGAUCACCCAUAUGUUGAUAAGUUAUGGCAGCUACAUAAUGCAGAGCAAAUGAUUCUGGAUCAUGAGGAUGAAAACCCUGAUAAGUAUCAGGACAAGAAAUAUGAAUCAACUAUUGACACAGCUUUUGAUGAAGAAAAUAGUGUUGAGCAUACACAAGCUUACUAUAAGAAAGCUUUGCUACCAAAGGUUAUUCUGAAUACAAAUGUGGAAGAACUUGACCUGGAUGCUGCUCGUGCUGAGCGUCAGCUGCAUAACAGAUUAAAGAAGGAAGCAAAAGAAAGAGGAGAGGAGUAUAAAAUUCCAAAGUUGAGACGUAAUGUAGAGAUGGAUGAGUAUGACCUGAUGCAUUGGCGACGUUCUUUAGAAGAAAGAGAAGCUCUAAUAAGAGAUAUCAGUUGCCGCAAAGCUCUUGGCCUUCCUCUGGAGGAGCCUGGGAGAUACGUAGAUGAUAAGAGAGUUUGGGGACAGGACCGCUAUGACCCCUCGGAUCCUCUGUACCGUUAUGAUUACUGGGGGGAGCCCAAAAACUCAGAGAAAAGCAAACAGGAGAGAAUGACAGAAGACCAUAAUCAAUCCAUUGUUGGAAAAGGUAUGGUUUGGUAUGAAAUGUUAUAUGAAGAAGCCAUCAAGCAGAAGAUGCAUCGUGAAGCCCAGACGAAGACGACUCCAGAAGAAACAGAGGAAAAUGAAGAUGAAGAUGAUGACAUAGAUUUUGACUACAGCAUUUUUGGCAGUUCUAAUUCAUAUUCAACAAACAAGCCACUUGUCAAUGGUACUGAAUCUCCUAGCAUGUCAGAUGAAGGCAUGUUUGAGAAUUAGUUCAUGCUACUUUUGUCCCAUACCACAUUGUUGCCGAAAAAACCUGUGCCAUGAUGCCCUGCAAUGAUUGCUAAUAGCCAACUUGAAGGACCUCUGGAGAGUUUACAAGGCGAGUCAGUGAUAGAGCCUGCAACUACUAUAAAGUGUGAGUGGAACUUAUGAUGUGAUUAUAAAAGUAGUAGAAGAGUUCUAUA